ACCUUUUCUCUCACGUUCAGAACCUGCUACACCCAGUCGCUCCUUAUACUUGCCUUUCACCUCCAGGUUGUGCUCACGUGUCCCCCGCUCAUUACUAUCAAAGACACAAUCAUGUUUUUCUCCCGCCUCGCUGUGCUGUGCACGCUGCCCUUCCUUGCGCUUGGAGCAAAGAAGCGUGCGGUCUCCUCGAACUUCGCUCUUUACGCGUAUAGUGAAGGAUUCGGCGGUAUCCCCCUGUUUUACGCAGACGGCUAUGCGUACAUUGGCGAGGUCAAUCAGUCGAACAGCAGCGAUGCAGCAACCGUUGCUUUCUCUCUAGGCUCCGACGAUGUGUGGGUUGGAAACCCCAACACCACGCUGUUGACCAAUGCCACUGCGCCAUCUUGGUCCAACGUGACCUUCUACGUUCCCGACGACACCACCCCGGACAAGCGUAUUGGGUUCCUUUCGAGUGAUGAGUCUACUGACGGUGCCAUCGAGACUGGCUUCUCCUUCUACGGAUCAACCGCUGUGCUGAUCGGAGAGACUGGAGCGUUAGAGUCAAACUUUUUCUCUCUCCAAAUCAGCGACCGUGUCCACCGAUUGUACUGGAAUGACACCAGUCUGGGCCAGGUACCCAUCAUUCUAAGGAGCGUGGCCCCGUCAAACCCACCCAACUAAGGGUAGGCAGUCGGCAACCGAAGGAUGCGACGUGGGACGAUGACAUGGAGUAGUGCGCAGUUCGAUAUCUGAUAGACCCGCAGGGACGUUUGGUGGUCUCCUUUUGUACGCGUAGAUGUCUUCUUGAACAAUGUAUUCCACGUGUUUACCCUGUGA